GUACCCGCCUCCUGGCGCUCGAGGCAGUCCUUGGGGCUCGCGAACUCGGGAGGAAAAUCCGGCGGAGGCUCAUCCGCUAGUCGCCAAGUUCCCGGGGCAGUGGGAAACGGGAGUGGGGACAUGGACAGCCGCUUGCAGGAGAUUCGGGAGCGGCAGAAGCUACGGCGACAGCUCCUCGCGCAGCAGCUGGGGGCCGAGAGCGCGGACCGCAUCGGCGCCGUGCUGAGCAGCAAGGACGAGCAGAGGGAGAUCGCGGAGACGCGGGAGACGUGCAGGGCCUCCUACGACACCUCUGCUCCGAACGCCAAGCGCAAGUAUCAGGACGAGGGGGAGACGGACGAGGACAAGAUGGAAGAGUACAAGGACGAGCUGGAAAUGCAGCAGGAGGAAGAGAACCUGCCGUACGAGGAGGAGAUCUACAAGGACUCCAGCACGUUUCUCAAGGGGACGCAGAGCCUGAACCCCCACAACGACUACUGCCAGCACUUCGUGGACACGGGACACAGGCCCCAGAAUUUCAUCAGGGACGUAGGCCUGGCGGACAGGUUCGAGGAGUACCCUAAGCUGCGGGAGCUCAUCAGGCUGAAGGACGAGCUGAUCGCGAAGUCGAACACGCCCCCCAUGUACUUGCAAGCGGACAUAGAGGCCUUUGACAUCCGGGAGCUGACCCCCAAGUUCGACGUGAUCCUGCUGGAGCCCCCCCUGGAGGAGUACUACAGGGAGACGGGCAUCGCCGCCAGCGAGAAGUGCUGGACCUGGGACGACAUCAUGAAGCUGGAGAUCGACGAGAUCGCAGCCCCGCGGUCCUUCAUCUUCCUGUGGUGCGGCUCCGGCGAGGGGCUGGACCUCGGCAGAGUGUGCUUGCGCAAGUGGGGCUACAGGCGGUGUGAAGACAUCUGCUGGAUCAAGACCAACAAGAACAACCCCGGGAAGACAAAGACCUUGGACCCGAAGGCCGUCUUCCAGAGAACAAAGGAGCACUGCCUGAUGGGCAUCAAGGGCACGGUGAAGCGCAGCACGGACGGGGACUUCAUCCAUGCCAACGUGGACAUCGACCUGAUCAUCACGGAGGAGCCCGAGAUCGGCAACAUAGAGAAGCCCGUGGAGAUCUUCCACAUCAUCGAGCACUUCUGCCUGGGGAGGCGGCGCCUCCACCUGUUCGGGAGAGACAGCACCAUCCGGCCAGGCUGGCUCACGGUGGGGCCCACGCUGACCAACAGCAACUACAACGCGGAGACCUACGCGUCCUACUUCAGCGCCCCCAACUCCUACCUGACGGGCUGCACGGAGGAGAUCGAGAGGCUGCGGCCCAAGUCGCCCCCUCCCAAGUCCAAGUCCGACCGGGGCGGCGGCGCCCCCAGGGGCGGGGGCAGAGGGGGCACUUCUGCCGGCCGGGGGCGCGAGCGGAACCGGUCCAACUUCCGCGGGGAGAGGGGCGGCUUCCGGGGCGGGCGCGGGGGCGCGCACAGGGGCGGCUUCCCACCGCGGUAACCUUGAGCACGGAGCCUGCGCGGCCCGGGGCCUCUCGGUGCAGCCGGACUUCCCGGGGGGGCCUCAUUUGGGGCCCGCCCCAGCUCGCCCUUGGCCCUCGGCGCCCUCCCCAGGGUUGUCCACGCCGCCCGGUCCACCCGGGAUGAACACCCGCCCUGCCUCCUGCCCUGUGCGUGGAACCAGACGGGACGGAGCGACGCAGACGCCUCCACGUUGCCGCCCGGAGCUGGUCCUCAGAGCCGAGGCCGCUGCCCGCAGAAGCAGCUGGGGCGAGCA